GCGGAGCUACGGGGGUUUCCUUGUCUUUGACUGGAGACCGUCGAGCAGGAGAGGCGGACGAUGACAGCAUCCAUUGCUGUUAUUCAGCCUUCACACAUCUCAAUGAACUGCCCGCACAGAGGCCACUGAUCGCGCCCGCUGCGUGUCCUGCAGGGGCAGAGAUACCGAUCAGUGUCUUUCACCCCAGAAGGAGACACUGCGCCCAUCUUUUUUACUUAUGAGUUGUUUUUCAUAGACUCCUCUUUUUUUUAUUUUGAAACUUCCGCAGUCGGCUGCCUCUCUCUGCCUCCACCAUGGUGCUAGGGAAGGUGAAGAGCUUCACAGUGAGCUACGACUGUCUCAAUGACAGCAACGUCCCCGUGUUCUCCAGCGGGGACUGCGUCUCAGGGAGGGUGGUCAUCGAAGUCACCGGAGAGAUCCGCGUGAAAGCCCUCAAGAUCCACGCGAAGGGAUUUGCGAAAGUUCGCUGGACGGAGUCGAGGAACGCAGGCUCCAACACUGCCUACACGCAAAACUACACAGAAGAAGUGGAGUACCUGAAUCACAAGGACAUCUUGAUCGGGCACGAGAGAGACGAUGACAACUCGGAGGAAGGGCUCACCACUAUCCCUUCAGGAAGACAUGAGUAUGCAUUCAGCCUCGAGCUUCCACAGACACCUCUGGCUACCUCUUUCGAAGGGAAGCACGGCAGCGUGCGCUACUGGGUAAAGGCAGAACUUCACAGACCGUGGCUCCUGCCCAUGAAGACCAAGAAGGAAUUCACGGUCUUUGAGCACAUUGACAUCAACACUCCACUAUUGCUGUCACCACAGGCCGGCACAAAAGACAAGACGCUUUGCUGCUGGUUCUGCACCUCAGGUCCUAUUUCCCUAAGUGCCAAAAUUGAAAGGAAGGGGUACACCCCAGGAGAGUCGAUCCAGAUCUUUGCCGAGAUCGAGAACUGCUCGUCCCGCAUGGUGGUGCCAAAGGCAGCCAUCUACCAGACCCAGACCUUCUAUGCCAAAGGGAAGAUGAAGGAAGUCAAGCAGUUGGUGGCCAACCUGCGGGGAGAGUCUUUGUCCUCGGGCAAAACAGAGACCUGGAGCGGCAAGAUGCUGAAGAUCCCGCCUGUGUCGCCCUCCAUCCUGGACUGCAGCAUCAUCCGAGUGGAGUACUCGCUCAUGGUAUAUGUGGACAUACCGGGAGCGAUCAACCUGUCCCUGAACCUGCCCCUGGUCAUCGGAACCAUCCCUCUCCACUCCUUCGGUUCCCGCACUUCCAGUGUGAGCAGCCAGUGCAGCAUGAGCUGGCUGGGCAUGGGCCUGCCCGAGAGACCAGAAGCUCCUCCUAGCUAUGCAGAAAUAGCGACAGAAGAGCAGAGGCAGAGCAGUCUAGACGUCCCAGCAGCCCGUGAGGACCUGGAUGGACCUCUCUUCGCCUAUAUCCACGAGUUCCGCUUCCAACCUCCUCCUCUGUACUCUGAGAUUGAUCCAAACCCGGAUCACGUCAGCCGCACGGAGGAGCGCAGGCUCGAUGCUUGUCCAUCACGCUGAAGGGUGUUCCUGAAAUUCUCCUGACAGAUUUUCAGGAUCUCACAGAAACCUGUUUUGUAGGCUUGGCUUUGUUUAUUUCUCUCCAACGACGAUGUUAACCCUACGCUGUUGACAUCAGGAGAAAAACAAAGUAUCCAACCAACCAACUGACGAAAUCUUGGACAAAUACCCACAGUUGAGUUGGGUUGGACACAUCUGUUUCUGCCUACCCUCAGUGAAAGGAACAGGAGUUACAAGUUUGGGGUGUCGCUUCCUUCCUGUCUCAUGCUGCUGAGGGUGGGAUGUGUACAGAUGAGAAAAAUAAUGACCCCACUAGCAGCGAGAGUCCUGGCGACAGCGUUGACGAUGGGAAGGAAGAAUUCCACACCAAGGCUCAGCCCGCUAAGCUUCUCUUUCACCCCUUGAUUCUUCUGCACUCAUGGCACAUAUGGACAUGGCUCCUCAACACAAAGGGCAGGACUGAUCAUGUCCAGACUUCAGCUGAAUCACAGAAAAUGGGACGAAGAGAGACAAACAACAUCAACAAUAACAACAACAACAACAACAACAUUCUAACCACCACCAGUCUUUAUGAAUGAACGUUUUCAGCGGCAGCAGUCAUCACCAGAGCAAAGACUAAGGUCCCCUUGCCUCAUUUUGGGAUUUUGUUUUGCACAUUUUAUUCUUUACUUGAGUUGUGUGGCUUCGUUUAAUGAUAAGAAUUGAAAAAAAAAAUCACUAAUAGUUUGGUUACAGCCUUGUUAUUUGCCAGACUAAAAACGUUUUAAGACUUUCUUCUGCUUAUCUUUGAGCAACGCUGAGAACAGGAUUUUAUUUUUUGGAAGAAGAAAGUUAAUGAAAAAGACUGAAAAGGUCAAGAACAAUGCACUGAAUCUGUUUUAAGCUGUUUAAGAAUUUUUCUUUCUCUCCUUAAGACAUUUCCUCAGUGACUUAAAACAACUAGACUGGACUUUUACAACAGCUGCAGCAUAAUGAUUUCCCUCUGGAAGCUCUUUAUAAGACGUUGCCUCUUCAGCUUGGAUCUCGGUGUGGCUUCCCUUGUUUGUUUGAUUUUAGUUUAGCUCUGUUAAUCUCUUCUUGUAUUUAGCACAAAUCAUAGAAUAGUUUUAAUUUUUUUGCCUCUUUUGUGUUGUGGUUGCUCUGGUUUUGGACUAGGAGGGUUGCAGACCUGCGUUUGCCACUAAAAUGUUAGCCCAGGAGAAAAGUUGUGCGUAUGCGUUCAUAACAGAAGGUCGAGGUACCUGCCCCGCCCUGAUCGCCUGCAGCCCCUCUACUCCUAAUCUCAGGGUAAACCAGGCUUGCAUAAACUGCCCAAAAAGCACUGUCUCAGGUGGUCUUCUCACUUGCCAAUCGGUUGUUGAAAAAUAGAGUUUAAAAUUGCACUGUUAGAAAAUAAGGACGUUAUUAUUUUUAUUUUUUAAACUACCAAAACGAGACAAUAGACCUGUAGAGAAGCAAGACAUCUUUCUGAGAUGAAUCACAUUCCCUUUUUGUCCUGCUGCACUUGCCCAGUUCAUCCAACCACCAGUUCGAUUUUACCAGACCAGUGAAGCCAGAAUGCUAUGUUCAAAAGAAAAAUGGAAAAAGAAAGGAAGAAGUAAAAUAAGUAGAGGAAAUGACAAUGCUUCUCCGUUUUAGAACCGAACCCAGUGCGUGUGAAAAGCUGGGGACGCUGUUAAACCUCUGUUCAGUCUGGUCAGAACAAGUAGUAGUAGGUUGACAUGAGUAAUACAUUGGUUUUCUAACUCUUUCAACACAAGAAAGUCCAGCUGCAACAGAGGUUUGACAAAGUCAGGAAAUAAAAAAAAUGAAAAGCAGCACUUUUUUUGAUAAGAAAAAAAACUGCAUUCAAUGGUGAAGGUCUGGAGAGGAAAACACAUGUAGGACGUAAAUGCAUUACUUCAUUUUUCUUUAAGAUCAAUAACCUUUUUUCUUUUUUUUAAGUUUACAUUAAAACAUAGCUGACACAAGUUUGUACGCGGUGUGUGUGUGCGUAUGCUUUAAUCGAGAUCCAGCUGGCAACUAAAUACACAGCUUCUGAAAGUAAUCAACGCACUGCAGAUUAUUAAAGUGAUCUUAUCUUAGUGGCCUUGACUCAGACAAAAGAAACCUGAUCAUGAUUCUUCAUCUUUCAGUGUCUACGUUAACUCUUGUUCUCCUUCUUUUUUUUAUUAUUAUGUUUGUGAACACCUGUAUGUUUUACACCUUUUUUGUGUUUUUAUUUUCAAAAAGGACAAAAAGGGAAGAGGUUUAAAAAAAAGAAGACAUCCUGGACAGGUUUCUCGAUUGUGUUUAAUUUUCUGAGACUGAUGAGGGUUGACAUUUUUUUUUCAUGUAUUUCUGGGCAUUGAUAUAGUUUUCUUUCUAGUUUACCAAGAAACCUUGUUGGGUUAGUCUCUCUGACCUCUGACCUUCCCCCCCCCCAGGCCCCAGGGGUGGCAGCUGUUGAUCAGCCCCCCCCGAACUCUGAAAAACAUUUUGGUAACAUGGGACAGCAGACAACCUGCUUCUUCCACUCAUGUUCUAUCCUGUUCUGUUGGUUUGCAGCUCUUUGUUUUUGCAUCUUAUCUUAGGGAAAAGUGAAUCAAGCUACGCUGUGAUGAAUAAGCUCACACAGUGGUUUCAGGUUGGUCGAUUCCAUAGUCCAUUUGCUUGGGCCUCAGAGUAGUCCAGUGUCAAAACUAAGCUAAACUCCUGGUCUGUAUGAAGGCAGGAACUGAAAUGUUCAGAGUUUUAAAGAACCCACGAGACGGGAUCUGAAACAUUUUAGAAACAAAGUGCAAUAUUACUCACUGAAUUUUUCUUCAUUCUCCAAUUGUUUGUUUGUUUUCGUCUUUUUUUUGUCUGUUAAUCAUGACGUUGUAUAGAUAUUCUAUGAAUAUGCUAUGUUCUGAAUGAUUUUACCUUUUGUCUAGUUCUUCCUUUUGAUUUGAAUAAACAUUUUGUUCAAAAUUACAA